AGGAAGUGAAACUCAGACAGUGGUGGUGACAGAGCGGUGAAAUGGCAGGAGUUCAGCUGCAGAGAGAAACCUUGUCUUGUUCCAUCUGUUUGGAUCUUCUGAAGGAUCCUGUGAGUCUCACCUGUGGACACAGCUUCUGUAAGAACUGUAUUAAAAACCACUGGGACUCAGAGGAGCAGAGGAGGAUCUACAGCUGCCCUCAGUGUAGAGAGAUCUUCACACCGAGGCCUGACCUGAAGAAAAACACCAUGUUAGCAGAUUUAGUGGAGGAGCUGAAGAAGACUGAACUCCACGCUGCUCCUGCUCAUCACUGCUAUGCUGGAGCUGAAGAUGUGGCCUGUGAUGUCUGCACUGGCAGGAAACUGAAAGCUCUCAAGUCCUGUUUGGUUUGUUUGGUCUCUUACUGUGAGGAACAUCUCCAGCCUCAUCAUCAAUCACCUGCAUUUAAGAAACACAAGCUGGUGCAGCCGUCCAAGAACCUCCAGGAGAACAUCUGCCCUCGUCACGACGAGGUGAUGAAGAUGUUCUGCCGCACUGAUCAGAAGUGUAUCUGUUAUCUCUGCUCUGUGGAAGAACAUAAAGACCACGACACGGUCUCAGCUGCAGCAGAGAGGACGCACAAGCAGAGAGACCUGGAUCUGAGUCGAGAAGAAGUCCAGCAGAGACUCAGGGACAGAGACAGAGACAUGAAUGUGCUUCAACAGGAGAGGAAGACUCUCACUCUCUCUGCUGAUAAAGCCGUGAAGGACACAGACGAGAGCUUCACUGAGAUGAUGGGUCUCCUGCAGAAGAGAAGCUCUGACGUGAAGCAGCAGAUCAGAUCCAAGCUGGAAACUGAGGUGAGACGAGUCACAGACGCCGAGGAGAAGCUUCAGCAGGAGAUCACUGAGCUGAAGAAGAGAGAAGCUGAACUGAAGCAGCUCUCACUCACACAAGACCACAACCAGUUUCUCCUCAACUACCGCUCACUGAUUGAUUCAUAUUCAUACUCAAUGAGAAUAAAUGACUCUCACCCAGAAUGA